AUGACCGGAACUGAUUGUAAGAGGAGCAUAGGUCGGUGUUUGCUUAAAUGGCGAUCGUGGAUUCGACCGGCGGUGAUGACGCUGUAUGCUUCAGCCGUUUUCUUCGCUAUACCUUUCCUCGUAGUGAACCUUACGAACAGCGGUAUCAACGGGAGAACGCAGUUGUGGCUGGUGUCACUCAUUUUUUGCGUCCUCACCAUCCCUCUUACCAUGUGGGAAAUCAUCCAGCACCUGAUCCACUACACGAGGCCCGAGUUGCAGAAGCACAUAAUCCGAAUCUUGUGGAUGGUGCCGAUCUACUCGCUGAACGCCUGGCUGGGGAUCACGGCGCCUGAUUACGCCAUCUACAUGGACACGUUGCGCGAGUGUUACGAGGCCUACGUGAUAUACAACUUCAUGAUUUUCUUGCUCAAUUUUCUCAACGCUGAGAUGUCGCUGGCGGAGGUUCUGGAAACCAAGGCCCCCGUGGGCCACAUUUUCCCGUUGUGCUGUCUUCCGACUUGGGAGAUGGGAGCCGAAUUGAUCCACCGAUGCAAGCAUGGGAUCCUUCAAUACACAGUGGUCCGACCCAUCACGACUGUGGUGUCGUUGGCCUGCGCCCUAGGUGGUGACGUGUCCGAGCACAUUGGAGUGUUGUCCAAGACGGUGACUCAGGGUGUGCGACGAAGUGCGGGCGGUGGAUCGUCGAGCUAUAAACGUGCUGAGGCGUCGUAUGCGGAGCGAACGAAGCUUCUGCAUCCGUGUGCCAACGUUGCCGACAGCGGAUACCGGAGUGUGGAUGAGGUGGCAGAGUCGAGUCCCCUGGUGCAUCGGAGGUCGUCGUCGCCUGUCAAUGGCGCCGAGGACGACGCCGAUCCCGUAAUCAUUCGUGGCGGCGGUGAAUGA